AUGCUAGCGAUAUCAAUGCCACCGCCGGCACCUCACCUUCUCAGCCCAGUCAACUCUCUGUCUCCGAUCUCUCCAGAAAAUCUCCGAGGUCUUCAUCCCAUGUCAUCAGGAAAGCGGCCGAAGCUGUCGCUGAAAACUUCCGAUCUUACCCCAGCGUAUAGCAACUCGGGCAACAGUCGAAAUGCUAUUGCCACUGAUGCAACUGAAACUCCUACCACAUUGAACACAUUUGUCAAUACCUUCGACCUCACAUACAGACCAUCGCCAGUUUCCAUAGCCCCUUCCUCUGGCGCGCAUUUCCAGCAGAGAACAACCGGUCGCCCACCAUCACCAACUACGAAAUCGUUGGAUCAGCCUUACAAUCUGAAUUUGCCGUUCGGAGUGCAACCGAUACUAAAAAAUAGUCCUUUACUCCGGGAUGUUCGUCGUCUGUCCACCUGUUCGGCAGGCUCAACCCCUCGGCUUGCUGGAAGACGAGUUUUCUUCCCAGCACCCAAGAAGGUAGCUUUUCGCGCGGUACUGGAAGAGAACAUUGUCACGAAGGAGUAUGUUAUGCGCCACGUUGACCUGAGCUCUUCGGAGGAUGAAUCUAAUUCUUCCGAUGCGGAAAAGUCGAUUGAAGCCUCACCUGAUGAAGGUGGAAAUUUCGUCAACGACCGCCAAAUUCGUGUAGAUGAAUAUUCGUCACGGGGGAGGAAGAAACGGAAGUCGAGGACUGUUUCCGAUAUUUCCACACAAGAGAUUGACCGUGGUAGGGGUAAGAGGUCACGAAGUAUCUCUGCAGGCAGAACCAAGCGAAAGAGAAGGAGAUGGGAAUGGACGCUAGAGACCAUGGAAAAUACUAAGGUCGCAUCUGAGAAGGACGACCGAGAUGGUGAAGGUGAUAAAAGACCUGCAGUGACUGAAUCUCAGUCCAUGGGAGGUCGCGAUGGUCCUGACGGAGCCGAUCAGGUUGAGCAGGACGCAGACGGCCAAUCCGAUCUCUACUUCAGCUCUGACACAGGUAUCAUCACACCGAAUUACUACUAUCGAAUAGACGGCGUUGAGAGGAUAGAUUUGAAUGGUCGAGUGGUUGCGCCCGGGUAUCUGGAUCUGCAAACCAAUGGCAUGAACGGCGUCCACUUCGCACAAUUGGCUAGGGACAAUGACAGUUUGGGAGACGAGCGGAAGUUAGAACAAGUCAGCAGAAUGGAAGUCAGUCAUGGCGUGACGGCCUGGUACGCGACCGUGCCUACUGUGGACGUUUCCCGGUGGAAAAAGAUAGUCCCGGCCUUGAAACCACGAACAUUUGACAUGGGGGCAGAACUACUCGGUGCCCAUGUCGAGGGACCGUUCCUCAAUCCUUCAAAAAGGGGAGCACACAAUGCCGCGUAUCUGCGGGAACCGGCACAGAUAUCCCCUUCGAUCCUGUACGGGGAUGAGAAUCUCAAGGACACGGUGAAAUUGAUUACAUUGGCUCCGGAACUGCCCGGGUCUACAACACUUAUUGGACAGCUACAGGAAGAGUUUCCUCACGUUAUCAUCUCGUUGGGUCAUUCGGCGGCGACGUACGACGAGGGCCUGGCAGCACUCCAGUUGGGUGCUCGAGCACUGACGCACGUCUUCAAUGCAAUGGGGCCUUGGCAUCACAGAGAUCCUGGACUGGCAGGACUCAUAGCAACUGGGAAAUGCUAUUUUUCUAUCAUUCCGGAUGGAAUUCACCUACACCCUUCAGUCUUAACUUUGUGCAUGCGUGCAGAUCCAAGGAAGUGUGUCUUCAUCACUGAUAGUAUUGAACUGGCCGGAUUACCCGAUGGCGUCUACCCGGGACAUGAUCAAAUUUCCAGCCGCCAGCUCAAACAGGGCAACAAGGUUACAAUCGAGGAUACAGACACGCUCAUCGGGAGUUGUUGUACGUUGGACGAAUGCGUGCGGAACGCGAUGGCAUUUACUGGCUGCAAUCUGGCCGAGGCUGUGCAGUGUGUAACAGAGAACAUUGCAGAUAUGAUGGGAGAGAGUAAGAGAGGAAGGCUUGAAUCUGGACGGAGGGCCGACUUCGUUAUUCUGGAUCAGGAGGGACAGGUUGAGGAGACAUGGACGAGUGGGAGUAAGAUCUGGUCGAAGUCAUGA